AUGGUAAAGACUCGCGUUCCAUUGGAUGAUGCAAGGAUAAAACAAUAUGAGAGUGAAGCGAUAAUACAGGGGCCUGCUAAGAGAUUGGAUCUCAGUAUUAGUCCAUCUCUAAUCGGCCAUAAGAACAAAUCAACUGGGAAAUUUGAAGACCUAACGAGUCCCUAUACAGUUAACAACAAACCUUUGAUCCUGAAACCAUGGACUGUGAACUUCGACUUUACAAAAGAAUUUCUCACUGAAAUUCCCAUGUGGGUGGUGCUACCAAAUCUCCCUAUGAGUUGCUGGGGUGGUCAAUCUCUGAGUAGAAUUGCAAGCGCAAUAGGAAGGCCUUUGUAUGCUGAUGAGUGCACUUCUAAACAAAAAAGGAUCUCAUAUACUCGUAUGCUUAUUGAAAUCAAUGUUACUCGACCACUUCCCUCUAGUGUCACUAUGUGGGAACCUGAAUGGAGGCAAUUUGAUCAAAUGAUAGAGUAUGACUGGAAACCGGAUUUUUGCGAAGUGUGCUUGAAAAUAGGCCAAUGUUGCAAGCAGAUUGAGGCUGAGAAGCAUAAAGUUGAACAACCUAGAAGAAGAAGGAGACCAAUUGGCAAUGCACAACCUGCCCCACAACAAGCUCCACAACCAGUGGGACCUCAAAAGGUGAUCCAGGAAUGGAGAACAAAGAAGCCUGCUGAGGUGAGGGAAAAGCCUACUGAGCACUUGGAAGCAAAUAAGCCAGCUACAGGGAUGUAUGAUCAUCAAGUUCCUGAGAAAGGACAACUACUACUGUCUAUUUGUGAAGAGCAGCCAAUGGUAAGAAGCAAGGAGAUUCAUAAGGAGGACCAGCUACCCCAGAGAAGCCCUGAGUUGAGCUGUAUUAGGGAGUUUCCGGCUUUAUCUACUAGUGUUCAGAGGGUAAGCAAUGCAACAGUGAAAUCAGGUGGGAAUGGGAAUCAGAAAUGCUUGCCUACAACAGAUAGUGGGCCUCUUAUACCAGCCUAA